AUACGAAAACUGGUUUUCGGUUUUUUUUCUUCAUUUAUAUCCAUUAUUAUUUAUUUAUUUUAUUAUUAUUUUUUAAAUUUCGUUUCGUCGUCGCCAACUACACCGUCCCCCUGUGCUGGCAACGCUAACGUCUGCCGCAGACCUCUUUAGUCUUCUUUUCCUUCGUAGUUGUUUGAUUUUUCUCCCUUAUUACCUAUUUCUCCUUCACAAUUAUUAUAUAAUUUUUCUUCCGAACACAGUCCGCUUCAGCAAAACGCGACAAUCCGUCCGCAAACGACACAAUACGAUGAUGUACCACCCGCGACCAACUACCCGCAUCCGACGAAGGUUGAAAUAAUAACGGAAAUCCAUACACAAUGAUGGCUGGCAAAGAUGACUUAGACGAUUGUGACAUCAUCAAACAAGGUCUGAUGGUGAAGCGGUCGCAAAACAAAAAACGAUUCAUGCCCAUUAACUACAAACAGAGAUGGUUUGUAUUGACGACCAAGAACUUCAUUUACUAUGAGUCCGAAACGGAAGAAAUUAUUGAAAGAAGCUCACUGCCGUGUCUCCAUAACAUACAUCAACUGCUUAACAGGCGUAAAAAAGAACGUGGUCGUAUAAAACUGUCUACGGUAACUGUGAUUGAAACAGCUACAAUUACUUCUUCACCAAAUAUUUUAUCUCAAGAUACUACUAACAAUGACGGUGAAAAUGGGUAUGCAUUUCAAAUAUCAUAUAGUGAUGGAAAUGAUCAACCAUAUACAUUGUAUUUAAUCACACAAAAACUCCAAGAGAGAACUGAUUGGAUAAGAUCUUUAAGAGCUGUAUGUGCUGACACCUUGGGAAAGAGUGAAAAAUAUCAUGCAUCAAUCUGGGGUGGUAAAAAAUGGCAAUGUUGUCGAGCUCCAACACGUAUUGCUGAAGGCUGUGAACCGUGUUCCGAAUGGAACAAGACACCGCCAAAUUCACCUAUUAUAAAAAAUGGUGAAAAUAAUAGUCCAAUAUUAGCAUUAACAGCAAGCCCAAUAAUGCUAGGCGGAACCCCAGCUGCUAAACUAAAAGACCAAGUACCAAGAAUUAAGGUAGUGACUGCUCUCUAUCCCUUUAAAGCAAUUGAACCAGGAGAUUUGACUUUAGUUAAAGGGUGUGAAUAUGACGUUAUUGAUGAUUCUCAAGAUCAUUGGUGGAAAGUAAGAGAUGAGCAUGGUGCUAUUGGCUACAUUCCUAGUAAUUAUGUUAAAGAAAAAGAAUUUCUUGGUCUUCAAAAAUAUGAAUGGUAUGUUGGAGAUAUGUCAAGACAGAGAGCUGAGUCUCUUCUCAAACAAGAAGAUAAAGAAGGAUGUUUUGUUGUUAGAAAUUCGUCAACCAAAGGUCUUUAUACACUAUCUCUUUUCACAAAAGUGCCACACUCUCACGUGAAGCAUUAUCACAUUAAGCAGAAUAGCCGAGGAGAUUUUUUUCUAAGCGAAAAACAUUGCUGUUCAACUAUUCCAGAAUUAAUUAAUUACCAUCGUCACAACAGUGGGGGAUUAGCAUCACGUUUAAAAGCUUCUCCUUGUGAUCGUCCUGUUCCUGCUACAGCUGGCCUUAGUCAUGACAAAUGGGAAAUAGAUCCUGCAGAACUAAUGUUGUUGGAAGAACUAGGAUCAGGUCAGUUUGGUGUAGUACGUCAUGGUAAAUGGAAAGGUUCCAUUGACACUGCAGUCAAAAUGAUGAAAGAAGGCACAAUGUCUGAAGAUGAUUUUAUUGAAGAAGCCAAAGUCAUGACGAAACUCCAACACCAGAAUCUAGUCCAACUUUAUGGAGUUUGUAGUAAACAUCGCCCAAUUUAUAUAGUUACCGAGUAUAUGAGACAUGGAUCACUGCUGAAUUAUCUCAGGCGACAUGAAAAUAGUUUAGGAGGAAACAAUGGCUUAUUACUUGACAUGUGUAUUCAGGUUUGCAAAGGGAUGGCCUAUUUAGAACGUCACAAUUACAUACAUCGUGAUCUUGCUGCUAGAAACUGUUUAGUGGGUUCAGAAAAUGUUGUAAAAGUUGCAGAUUUUGGAUUAGCCAGAUAUGUCCUCGAUGAUCAAUAUACCAGUUCUGGUGGUACCAAAUUUCCCAUUAAAUGGGCUCCUCCUGAAGUCUUAAAUUACACUAGAUUUUCUUCGAAAUCUGAUGUUUGGGCUUAUGGUGUUUUAAUGUGGGAAAUAUUUACUUGUGGUAAGAUGCCAUAUGGGCGCCUCAAAAACACUGAAGUUGUUGAUCGUGUACAAAGAGGCAUUAUUUUGGAAAAACCGAAAAUGUGUUUCAAAGAAGUAUAUGAGGUUAUGCGUAAGUGUUGGAGCCAUUGUCCUGAAGAUCGUCCAUCUUUUAGAUUGUUAAAAGAUCAACUGGCUGUCACAUCUCAGGGUUUAAUAGCAGAUUGACGUGUUCCACAACAAACUUGCAAUUGUGCUAUUUGCUUGUUGCUUGACAUUGGUUAUGAGCCCCUCAUAGAAUUGUGCCGUUUAGUGAUUGAAACAAAUCGCCGUGGCACUCUUUGAACCCAUAAGAUUUAUGUUCAGUUGUCAAAAAAUUUUCAGUGAGUUUAUCUACAUAAAAAUGAUCUCGAACUUUGCGAUAAGUUUUUUAAAACAAUUUCAAGUGCUGUUUACAUUUUAUACUAAUAAGUAAUUACUAUUUUAUUGACAUCAAUUGAGAUAUUAUACAUUCCUUGUAUGUACAUGUUUUAUUAAAAAACUUGAAAAUUUAAAAUUA